GUUUUAGAAUUUUUCCUCUUCUAGAUUAAGAUAAGCAGAUUUUAAUUUGAAUGUUUGCAUGAAUGACAAGUAAAAAAGUUUCCAUCCGAUUUCUAAUUUUAUUCAUGCAAUAGUGCCAGGGCCAGGGAAGCAAUCACACAAGAUGUGGAUUAUAGUUUAUAAAUGGAAGAGAAUGAAGACAGAUACCCACAUUCCACAAGACAUAGGAAAGAGAAUGUCAUACGAUAGCUGGCCUUAUUGGUUAGCAGAAUUCAUAAAUCGAAAGUCUCAAUCGCUUGAAAGCAACCGUAUGUAGUACUUGAAACCAUGGCCAACUAUAUAUCUCCAAGACCCCUUCCUUGGUAGAAUUCUAAGUCCAAACACAUUUACCUUGGGAGGAGAUUAAAAAAAAGAGUUACAAAAUCUCUCUGUAAUUACAGAUAGAGUGUUAACUGGGAGUUAUAAUUAAAACCUUGAAAAUCCAAUAAUGGAGAGAGAAUACUAUCCAGCAGCACAUGAAGCAAUAGCAGAUCAGGUACCUCAAACUCCAAGGAAGAAGAAGAAGAAUAAGAUGAAGACCAAGAGGAGGUUUAGCGAUGAACAAAUCAGGUUACUGGAGUCUAUAUUCGAGUCAGAGACAAAACUGGAACCAAGAAAGAAGUUGCAACUGGCAAGAGAUCUUGGGCUUCAGCCUCGCCAAAUAGCUAUAUGGUUUCAAAACAGAAGAGCCAGAGGGAAGUCAAAACAGAUAGAGCAAGAUUACAGAACACUCAAAGCUAAUUACGACAGCUUAGCAUCAAGAUUUGAGUCCUUGAUGAAAGAGAAACAGUCCUUGAUUUUACAGGUGCAGAAGCUAAGUGAACUGCUGGAAGAACCUCACGACAUAAAUAAGGUCAGCAAGCCCGGACCUGAUGGAAAUAGAACGGAUGGUGGUUCAGAAUAUGGAGAUACCAAGUGCGAGCGUGAAGCUGAAGCGCAGCCAAGUUUCCAACAGGCAGGAGUGGAAGACAUGGGAUUUUUUGGCUUACAAAUUGAGAAGGACAAAGAUAUUGAGCAUGCAGGGCAGCCACUAGAAGAAUUCCCGAGCAUGAAUGACUCCCUAGCAUCACCUGAAAAACUGUAUGGAUUUGAUUCGGCUGACAUGUUUGAUCAUUCAUGUAGCAAUUCCGUGUGGUUCAACUUUUGGACUUGAGGAGUGGACUACACCGAUAACAAAAUGUUUCCGUGUCUGUUUGAAUGUUAGUUGUCUUGUUCCAUUACAGUCGGCGAGAAUCAGGAAAGUGAAGUGGGGGCUUCCUUACUGCCACUAACAUCAAUCAAGCAACUAAAGCAAAAUGCCUGGAAGGCAUAGAAAGUAACCACCGACAAUUGUUGCCAAGAUCUUCAGAUCACUAGCAAGAGUUGGCCAUCUAUAAGUCUCAGUCUAUGACUUGUGUCCAUGAAUUUGCUAGAACUUGAGCUUAGUAAAGAGUGCAACGGGAUGCUAGGGGUUGUAAACCACAGAUUUCUCCAAUAUCUUUUUUCUUUUUUGAUUAUGGUAAUAGAUCAACAUAUGAUACAUCAAAUAUAGCUAUGAGAUUGCUCCAGAUAUACUUGGUGCUCUUUUUGAAACAAUUCUUAAUUUACACUUCAUUAGUCAGUAGUCACCCAUUUCCAAAGAGCACCUAAAAUCCCAUCUAUCUGCAAUCGGAUUUGUUAAUAGAAGAGGAGAGACCAAACCCCUUUCCCUAUAAAACUACUGCUUCAGAAUUGUAAUCAUCUUAG